AUGUUCGCCAUCCUUCUCGGUGUGGCGGUGGCUCUGUUGUUUGCUUAUCUCAUCAAUGAAUUUCGUCGACCAACCAAUUACCCACCGGGUCCACCAUGGCUUCCGGUGGUAGGAAACACACCCUACAUACGGAAACUUGCGCGACAAUAUGGAGGACAGCACAAAGUGUUCGAACUGUUGGGCAAAAUCUACCGCAGCAAUGUGAUCGGACUGAAGCUGGGCCGAGAGUAUGUUGUCGUUGCACUCAACUACCCUGCCAUCAAUGAGGUCCAUCGGAACGACGUAUUUGCCGGACGGCCCGAUAACUUCUUCAUUCGCUUGAGGACCAUGGGAACGAGACUUGGAGUAACUUGCACGGACGGGUCGUUUUGGGCGGAACAUCGCAACUUUGUCACGCGCCAUCUGCGACAGAUCGGGUACGGCCGACAGCCGAUGCAGCUGCAGAUACAGAACGAACUGAACGAACUGGUGGAUGUGAUGCGUGGGUGCCAGGGAGAACCAAUAUGGCCCGCCAGUAUCCUGUCGACCAGUGUCAUCAACGUGCUGUGGACAUUCGUGACCGGAUCGCGCAUUCCGCGCGAAGACGAUCGGCUACAGCGUUUGCUGCGUUUGCUGCAGGAACGCUCGAAAGCCUUCGAUAUGUCCGGCGGGGUGUUAAGUCAACUACCGUGGCUUCGAUUCAUCCUGCCGGAAUGGAGCGGAUACAAUCUGUUGCGCCGGUUCAAUCUCGAGUUGAAUGAAUUCUUUGCACCGUCCAUUGCCGCACAUCAUCGCAAUUUCACCGAUGACAAAGCCAAUGACGACCUGAUCUACGGUUACAUCAAAGAAAUGUGUGACCGUCGGGAUGAUCCCGACUCCACCUUCACCGAUCUUCAGCUCACGAUGAUCAUACUGGACAUCUUCAUCGCCGGUGGACAGACGACGAGCACAACGCUAGAUCUCGCCUUCAUGAUGAUGAUCAUGCGCCCGGACAUACAGACCCGCAUACGCGAGGAGAUCGAUGCGACGUUACGUCCCGAUGAGCUACCGCAGCAAACCGACCGAUCGCAGCUACCGUACACCGAUGCGUUCCUGCUGGAAAUUCAACGAUUCUUUCACAUCGUCCCGGUUAGUGGACCGCGGCGUACGCUUGCCGAUUGUGCACUGGGUGGCUACCGGUUACCCAAAAAUACCACCGUGCUAAUCGGUCUCAGAACCGUGCAUAUGGAUCCGGACUACUGGGGUGAUCCGGAAGUGUUCCGUCCGGAGCGAUUCCUCGAGUGUGCGCCGGAUACGACGGGCAAGGCCCAUCUACACACCGAUCGGUUAAUGUUUUUCGGCAUCGGCAAACGGCGCUGCUUGGGUGAGGUGCUUGCGCGAGCCUGUUUGUUUACGUUUUUCGUUGGGGUGAUGCAAAAGUUUGAGCUACUUAAGCCGGUGGAAGGAAAUCGUGAGAUGGAACCGUCGAUCGUGCUGCGACCGGGUAUAACGCUCUCGCCCAAACCGUACGAAGUAGUGUUUCGGCCACGGCUAUAG